AAAGAAUUAACGUAAAAAAUUAGAGUAAAUAAUAAAAUAUAUUAUGCAAAAUGCCAGUUAAUAAGUUACUAAAAAGUAAAAAGUAUAAAUCGUAGUUUAAAGAAUACUGGUAGAAAAUAGAAAUAUCAAAUAAUUGUGAGAUGUCCACGUAGAUAUUAGAUGACACUUAUUGACAUUUUAACUUAAAAGAUUUUAAAUCGAAUAACAUCAUGUCCAACAAUCCUCUAAUCUAUGGAGUUGAAUUUCAGGCCAGAUCGUUGUGUUCUCUGCUCGCUGAUAACGAUCAAGACUGUUUUUUAAUCGGAACUCAAUCGUUGGCCACAUCGAAUAAUCAAGUACACCUUGUUAAACUACAAGAAGAUACCAAUACACUUUGUCCUCAAAUAUAUGAGCAUAGCUGUGGUGAAAUAUGGUCAUUAGCGUCUUCUCCAACAGACAAACACUUGAUAUCUACUUGUUAUGCUAGUAUAGAACGUGAUUGUGAGAAAUGUACAGCUUUAUGGCGACUGCCAGAGGAUGAUGGUCAUUUAGAAAAUGUCAUCACUUUUCCUUCAGAAAAGUAUGGUACUGAUGUUAAGGUGACCACGUUUCAUCCUACAAAUGACGCAUACAUGUGUUCUGUUAUCGAUAAUAAUAUAGUGAUGUGGGAUGUGGGUGAAAGUGGAGUAAAAAUUGUAUGUACUGCAGUAUUGGAUGGUAAAGGUCAACCAAGAUUUACUACUGGAAAAUGGAAUCCACAAAAUGUCAACUUACAGUUUGUAACUGCUGAUGAUUGUAAUAUAAAAGCUUGGGAUUUAAGAACCCAGACAAAAAUUGCAUGGAGUCUAGAUGGAGUUCAUACUCAAAUUAUAAGAGAUUUUGAUUUUAAUCCAAAUCGUCAAUACUAUAUGGCGACAUGCGGUGAUGAUGGAUAUUCGAAGUUCUGGGAUAUACGUAACCCCAGACAACCUCUAAUAUCCCGUGCUGAUCAUUCUCAUUGGAUUUGGUCUCUUAGAUAUAACCCAGUACACGACGAAUUAAUUGGAACAGCUUCAAGUGACGGUCAAGUCCUUAUUACAUGUUUAGCUGGAAUUUCAUCAUCAGCUAUUGAAGUUGAAGACAUAAAAACAAAACCUUCCAUUGAAGAUAAAAUAGUAGCGACGUGUGAUCAACACGAAGAUUCUGUGUAUUGCGUUGAAUGGUCUUCUGCAAAUUCAUGGAUAUUAGCUUCUUUAAGUUAUGAUGGUCGCCUAUUGCUUAAUAAAGUACCGAAAGACGAACAGCUUAGAAUUCUAUUGUGAAGGAAACAUUUUGCAUUACUGUUUUCUUUAAGUCAAUUAUACAGGAAAAUUAUCUAUUGUAAAUAAACAUUCAAUUAUUAUUCAAAGUUAAAUGAUUUCUAUGAAUUUUAAUUAUAAUGAUCUGAAGAUUAUACACAUUACAAAUAUUGGUAUAUAAUGUGCAUUUUACACACAAUUUUACAGUAUUAAUUUAUAUUUAUUGGCUUCAAAAAGCUAAGCAUGUUUUAUAUUGUAGUUUUUACCAAAAUUUGUUUGAGAUGUAUCUCUUGUUACUCAAAUUUUUAGUGUAAAAUUAUUUACCACAACUUAUAAGCAGUAUUCGGAAAGUUAAUUUGAAAAUUUAAUUUGUUCGCCGUUUAUAUUCACUUUUUAUUUUUAAAGGAAUAUACUAUUUUAUUCACGUUCUUAAAAAAAUGAACACGUCUAUUUGGUCAUUCCUUUAAAUUAUUGUUUCAUAAAUCUUUAAAUCAAAUGU